AAACGGCAAAAGUUUGCGGAUUUUAUCUUCCGGUUGGAGUGGCAGUCAAAGCUUGACCAUGAACAACUCUUCUUGCCAUCAUCAGAUCGUUGCUACUGCUGCCACCAUGAUAUCAUCACCUCCUCCACCACCACCAUCAACUAAACCUGAAUCAUCUAUAAUUCUCACACAACAAGGAGGUCGAAGAAGAAGAAGGAGAAUACGACAACGUGCCGGCAGAAUGACGAGAAAGCAACGAUUUUGGGUGUCGUCAUUCUUGGGUGUCAUCUUGAUGGUCGCAAGAGGUCAAAACCCGGAAGUCAACAUACGAACCAUUGAAUGCGCCAACAGCAUGCCACCACUUGUAGGCUACGAUCGAAUAGAAGAUGUCGUCAAUGACCAAUUCGAAGAAUAUCAACGAAUCGAACAGGGCAUGGCGCCACGACCUCCCUACGUCUUUCGACUGUGUCCCAAUACCGAGUUCACCAUGGGACAGUCACCGCUGACCGUGCUGCUCAGUGACUCCCUCUUUGCCUGUGGUCCCAACAUUGCCUCCUCGGACAGCUGCGUCUUCAAAGGAGGUUUUGAACAAAUCAUAUUUGAACCCUUGGCCAUUAUGGGAUACGAAGUGGAACGCACCAACUUUGUCGGUAUUACCUUUGAUGGCUUCACUGGAUCCUCCAUUAAUGGAUAUGGAACAUCUGCCACCACGGCGACCUUUACGGACUGUGUAUGGCAAAACUUUAAUGCCAAUAACAUUCUAGAUUUGGGCGUGGAAGCUGGUAUGACCACACCGGGAGCACAGAUGCGAGUCGAAAUCGAAAACUCGGCGAUUGAGAAUGGAAUGGGGGGAACGUACUUUUCCAAUGAUGGAGGAAGACUCGUAUUUGAUAAUGUUCGAUUUGACAACAUACAAGCUAUCAGUGCUGUUGCAUCAUCCAAUGGAGCGGUUACCAUGCUAGAUAGGGUCAUUGUCAACAAUGCUGACGUGGAUACGGUUGGCUUUGCCAGUGGCGGGGCCAGUCAGAUCAUUGUCAAUACCACUGUUACUGGAUUGAUCGGUGCCAACGACAUCUUCGCAACACAAGGAGAAGGAUCCACCAUCAACAUGAUCAACACUUAUAUGGUUGAGAAUAAGCUAGAAGGAGCAUCCGCAUUUACGGGGGUCCGUCUUUUGAUGGGUGCUACUGGGACUGUCACAAGAUCCACCUUUGCUGGGAACACGGGGGUAUCGUUUGGCUUUCUCUCCAGGGGAGGCUCCAUGCUCGAUAUGGUAGAUGUAGAGCUCCGAGGCAAUUCGGGGAUUGCAGGGGCGUUGACUGCUGCAACGUAUGCGGAUGAUUCCGCAACCUUACGGCACAUGCACACCAGGUUCAUUGACAACACAGUCUUUACGGCGCAAGUGUUUGGUCUUGCUGGGGCAACCGUCGAGAUGAACAUGAUGUGCAUCGAGUCGGGACAAGGAGAUACGGUUCUUUUCAUGAGCGACGACUCAACCUACACCGAUGUUUCAAACUAUGUCAAUCCGGACGUUCAGUCCACAUCAUGCCAGGAUUCUCGUGAUGGGCGCCUCGUACAAGAGAACGAUGGCGCUGGCUGUUUCGAUGCGUCCGAUUCAGCUCCCUGCAGCAUUGGAUGCGCGAGGUUUGCAACGGCAACCGAGUGUUCCGCUACCAUGGCCCCAACGUUGAGUCCUUCCGCAUACCCCACCACCUCACAAGCUCCGACGACGUCCCCUGCUCCAACAAUUGCUGGCCCACAACCACCAUUGCCUCCCGACGGUGGAAAUGGGAAUGGCGGUUCUAAUGGUGGAAACAAUGGAUCAGGCAACGGCGGCGACAAUGGUCUCGGAAAUGGCGAUGGGAAUGGUCUCGGAAAUGGAGCCGGGAAUGGUGACGGGAAUCCAGCAACUGCAGGUUUCCCUCCAGCAUUUGCCCCUGCGUUGAACAAUCCUGCCAUUUCCCCGUUCUUUACGAACCCAGCGUUCAGGCCUUCAUUCACCAGUCCAGCAUUCGCACCAGCAUUCUUCCCUUCGUUCAUAACCCCGACAUGCGACCCAGCGCUACUCAAUCCAGCAAACAACCCAGCCUUCAACAACCCAGCCUUCAACCCUGCUUUCAAUCCAGCCUAUAACCCCGCCUUCAACCCUGCUUUCAACCCUGCAUACAGGCCAUCUAUUUACGGUGACGGUGGCAAGGGAGGGAAGAAGGGGAAGAAGGGCACGAAGAGUAAAAGUAAAAGCAAAGGCAAGGGUGGAAAAGGACACAAAUCAGCGUAUUCUGAUCAAGGCUAUCAAAAUCAUCAGCAGUUCUACCCCAGGCAGGACUAUCACAACCCAGAAGACCAACAUCAGUAUCCAAACCCCAGGCCAGAUCCAAAUCAACAGCAAAACGGUUGGCACGACCCCAUGCAACAGCAACAACAAUCGGGUGGCUGGCAUCAUAACCACCACCAUCCCGUGCCACAGAACAAUGGCUGGCAAGAUCCGAACCAGCAAUCCAAUGGCUGGCAACACCCAAUGCAGCAGCAACAACAGUCAAACGGAUGGCAGGGGCAGGGACAUGAUCCACACAGCCCCGUUGAUCCCCACGAACAUGGGGAGACACUGUAUCUCCAGUCUUCCAACCAGGCGCGUGUUGAGUGGGGGACUGAUCACGGAUGGAACCAACACACUGCCUAUGAUGAAACUUUUCAGGUCGUUCGUCCUCAGACUCCUGCUACCAGCAAUAGGCAGGGCUACCAUCCUCGAAACUUGAAAGGCAACAGACGUUUCCGUCAUUUGCGUGAGCGAAAAGGCAUUCGGCAAGAGCUUAAAAAGCGCAUGCCGAGGAGGUUGCAACGCACUGAAGAGCUUCAAGCAGACACGAAGGAAGCACGUGCAGGCAUGGAGGACGACGACAACAACGAAGUCGACAAGGAGGGUUCCGUGGAGGACGACGACGACGGAACGGAUGACACUUCUGAGAUCGAAAACAGCGAGGACGAUUCGGAUGUGCGCAAAAGCGCCAGCGAAAGUGCGGAUGUUGACCACGGUUCGGCCGAGGCAGGAUACCUUAAAGGCGCAACAGCUGAAGACGAAGGGAAUGGCAUUGGCGAUGGUGUAGACGUGGGGUUUGAAAAAGGCAAACGAGAGGAAGCGACGCCAGAAGGCAAAUUGCGUGCUGAAGAAUUUGUACUGGAAGAAAGCGGGCUUGUAGCGAACGACAAAGAAGAAGCGGCAAAGCUCGAGGAAGCUAUCGAAACCGCGCAGGACUGAUCUCCCCUGCACUUCAGAGAAAUGUGUUUUGAGCGGCCCAGUUUUUGCCAAAGCGUUUGUCCCGUUUUUGGCUUUGAAACUUCCGUUUUCUUUGAGUUGCAGAAAUCAGGACCUCCACCCUUUGAAUAUACUGUAACACUAAAAAAGUACUAUUGCUUACAUACGAGUG